CCUGCCGUUCUCCCCUGCGAUCCCUAUGAUUUACUUGCCCUUGUUGUGCAAUGUUUUCAACCUGUUGCUCGUCAUCUUUUGGUGCCACGACACUAUUUUGAAGGCCAACGGAUGUGCCCUGUUUCUUCACAGAUCCUUCAACAACAUAGAUGACCGUGAAACAAAGGAAAAGUUGCUGCUGUUCUCACAACAGCUGCUGGAUCGAAAGCUACAACUCACAUCCUCCAGAUGUUUUUCUAUGGAUGUCUCCUUUAUAUUCUCGGUAGCUGAGGUGGUGAGCUCCUAUAUGGUUGUACUGAUACAGGAGCAGUAUGAACCGACUAAGAGUCCAACACAGCAGGCAGUUACGAAAGAAAUACAACAUUCUGUCGACUAGCUCCACAGCUUACCCACUAUUGGGAGAAAUAGUUACUGCUACUUUUCUGUUCUUUAGCCAUCGAUGAUUACAGAGCUUUGUGAGACUGCCUAGU